GACCAUGUCCCACAUCACUGCAUGGUCCUCCCAGCAAUAUAAGGAAUGAAAUAACAGGACCAAUCCACAGUACAUCAAAGAUGUCGAUACGGUUCUUGUCACUGGCAUUACUGGUGAUCUUUGUCCAGCAGGCAGCUGCAGCGAGCAAGACUAAAGAAUGGUGGAAGGAUGCAUUCAUCUACCAAAUCUAUCCACGUAGCUUCAUGGACAGUGAUGGGGACGGUGUGGGUGACCUGAAAGGAAUCACAAGUAAGCUGGAGCACUUUGUUGAUCUGAACGUGAGUGCAAUAUGGAUAUCGCCGAUCUACGUGAGCCCAAUGGCUGACUUUGGAUACGAUGUAUCGAACUUCACGGAUGUCGACCCCACAUUUGGCACCAUAAUGGACUUUGCAAAUCUUACAGCAAAAGCUAAGGCACUUGGGCUCAGGGUAAUCCUCGAUUUUGUGCCAAAUCACACGUCCGACAAGCACCCCUGGUUCCUCAAUAGUGUAAAAAAAGUCAAACCGUACGAUGAUUAUUACGUGUGGAUGGAUGGAAAGCUGGUGAAUGGUACCACUUAUCCCCCUAACAAUUGGCUGAGUGUUUUUGGGGGUUCGGCUUGGAAAUUCAAUGCCGAGAGGGGCCAAUAUUACCUGCACCAGUUCGCAACCGGCCAACCAGAUUUAAAUUACCACAAUUUAGCGGUGAUUGCGGAGAUUGAAGCCGCUUUGACUUUCUGGUUAGACCAUGGAGUCGAUGGAUUUCGCAUUGACGCCAUCAAUUACCUAUUCGAGGAUACGGAGUAUCCUGAUGAGCCAGAGCUUUGGAAACCAGAUCUGCCUGCUGAUGAUUACGACAGAUUGGAUCACAUCUACUCACGAGAUCAAGUCGAAACUUACACAUUGUUGAAGGCCUGGAGGAAGGUGCUGGACACCCAUAGCAAGAAGGACAAGGAGACCAAGAUUUUGUUGACCGAAGCUUACACAAACUUACCAUUAACGAUGCAGUACUACGACGCGGGAUCGAACAUUCCCAUGAAUUUUAUGUUCAUGACACCACUUGAUAACAGAUCCACGACACGGGACUUCAAAAGGAAUAUUGACACGUGGAUCAAUAAUGUACCGAAGGGCCACUCACCCAACUGGAUUGUGGGCAAUCACGAUCAGCACAGGGUGGCCACUCGAUAUGGCCGUAAACGAGCGGACGGCUUUCUCAUGUUGAGUGCUGUCUUACCUGGAACAGGAAUCAUCUACUAUGGUGAUGAGAUUGGUAUGGAGGAUCGCAACAUGACUUUCAAGGAGACUGUAGAUCCGGCGGGAUGUAAUGCCGGAUCACAGAGGUAUCGCCUGAAAUCGAGAGACCCUGAGAGGACACCAUAUCAGUGGGACAACACCACCAGCGCAGGUUUUUCCGUCAACAAUAAGACAUGGCUGCCAGUAAAUCCCAACUAUAAGACGCUCAAUUUGGCUGCUCAGAAGACAGAUCCCUCCUCUCAUUAUUCGCUCUUUAAAAAACUCGUAGCUCUCAAAAAGAUGCCUAUUAUGGACACCGGGGAGGUGCAGGUGAUUCUUGUUGGCUACGAGGUCAUGGGUGUUGUGAGAAAAUUACCGGAUACACCACCUGUGGUGCUUUUGAUGAAUUUUGAAUCCUACGCACUUGUCAUCGAUGCCAGAACGUGGAUGAAUAUUCCGGAGGAGAUGACGGUCUUAGUUGCGAGUGUGGGAUCUGGAAUUCCGUCCGGAGUGGUGAUGGAUACGACGGAGAUCCUGCUUCCUGCCGGAGCAUCGGUGAUUCUCAUGGGUUGAAGAGUAGAUACUUCUAGUUCAUGUUAGAUUUAUCUCCUAAUAAAAUUCAGUUGUUAUCAUUUUGUUGAAUAAAAUGCGCUAUUCCCUAACGGCGCAGCUCCUUCCA